CACCCCGAACUCCUCCACACGUACACCUCGCAGAUGGACAGCGCCCCUGCCAAUAUUAGUCAAUCAGAGCUGGCCUCCAACGCUGGCAUCAAGUGCGAGAAAUUGAACCUCUCUCUCGGCCUCCAGCAGCACAUCUCCUCCACAACAAUUGACAUCCACGUCUUUCCAAAUAUAGCAACUGAUGAUGUAAUGGUAUCUGACGGAUGUGAGGUUAUAGACUUGUGCCCGUACUGCUCCGUGGAAGACGUAAAGACGUAUUCUGCCACGCCCACUUGUCUCAACCUCCAAGUUAACUCCCGGCAACAAUGUCUGGAAAAAACACCUCUAUUACCAUGGCAACAGAAGAAACCACACCCCCUCUCCACCUCGUACCUGUGCACCAUGCCAAAGUCCCACUUUACCUACUGUCUCACACUCCAGCCACUCCGCAACUCCCCAGAUCUACAAGUCGCAAUUCAGGAAGAAGAAGAGGUGUUUGUAGCCGAUAUUCAUCAGCAGACUGUUCAGAUCAUGGAGGGUCGUAUUGACAUCCUGGCAUCGCAGGGCUGCCGGGAGCACAAGGCGGGAGGCCACUGUCACUGGAACCCCAGCUCCAGUCUAACUCACAGACACUGUGAUGACUGCCCUCCCAUCUGUCGAGAUAAAACAAACUACCUCGAGUUCUCUCAGUUCACUAUCGCUGCAGCUCUCCUGUUGAUAGCGGUGCCUGUGGCCAGGGUCCCCAUUACUAGCAUAAUCUCUGACAUUGUCACUCCCGAACAGCAGGGAAUUGUCAUGGGACUGGCUCAGGCUCUGAAUGCUGUAGCGAGGAGUGUGGGUCCCCUCUGGUGUAGGUCGACAAACUGUAAUAAUGUUUCCGCUUUGCAUACAUGUAACCCAAGUCAAUAGCUUAUUAUCCUACCACCUGCCUUUUCUCCUUUCGUAUAGUGGAUGCAGCUUAUGAAGGAAUGGGAAAAAGAACGUUCCUAGCCAUGGGACUAUCUCUGCUCUGUUACUCUGCUAUCCUGAUUGGGGUACUCCUGGUGUACCCCAGGCUGGCCCCGCCCACUCCGAGCCAGUACUCCACAGUGGGCAGUGACUCCGACAGUAGCGAUACAGACUCUCAUGCAAUCAGACACAUUGAGAGUUUCAGUGACUCCGACUUCAUACCAUGACCCCAUCCUUCAUAACUAGUCGCUCUAUCAAAUAUAUUUAUUUCAUUUCACAGGCUAAAUGACUCAUAAACAUCUGUACAUAUAAUUAUU